UUUAAUGCUCUAUACAUGUGUCCAAAGAUUUGAUGUGACGUUUUUGGGAAAAAAAAUUGGGAAGCCUGAAUGAAUGCAUAUGUUCUGCGAGUGCUCUGCUAAAAGGUUCAGCAACUUUGGAUAAAAAAAAAAAAGGUUCAGCAACUGCAACUUUCCAAAUAUAAAAAGCGACCAGUCUAGUUCCAGUGCAUCUCACUUCUCGCACCUCGCUUUCAGUUUGGUCCAUGCCCUUCCAUCCAACCAAGUGACCAACUCAAUUGCAAGGUGCUUUCCUGACAAGAAGAUGUCCAUCCAUGUUGUAAUAAGCGUUCACAAAAGGUUUUCAACUUUGAACAAACACUAGGUAGUACAUCUGUUUAUCUUCCUAGUUCCUUGCCACCAUAUAUUGGACUAACAAUUAACAGUACCAUUUUUGAACAACCAUUCGCACAGAAGAUCUCUUCUCAGACGGUUGUAAUCGACAGCAAUGGCCUCUUUUAGUGCCUUAUCUCAAAAUGUUGCAUGGGUUCUUUAUCUCUGUACCUUCUUUUGUUCCAUAUUGUUAGCCAUCUGCAAUGAAACUGAAUAUGAUAGACAGGCCCUCCUUUGCUUCAAGUCUCAGCUAUCUGGUCCAUCUAGAGCUUUAUCCUCAUGGAGCAACACAUCCUUGAAUUUCUGCAGCUGGGAUGGAGUCACCUGCAGUGUGCGACGUCCUCACCGUGUCAUUGCAAUAGACCUCGCAUCUGAAGGCAUCACAGGUACCAUAUCACGUUGCAUCGCCAACCUUACCUCCCUUACAACGCUACAACUGUCAAACAACAGCUUCCAUGGAAGCAUACCAUCCAGGCUUGGCCUACUGAGUGAACUCAACAACCUCAACCUCAGCAUGAACUCUUUAGAAGGUAACAUCCCAUCUGAACUUUCUUCAUGUUCCCAACUAGAAAUCCUAGGUUUGUGGAACAAUUCAAUCCAAGGUGAGAUCCCAGCUAGCCUAAGUAAAUGCAUACAUCUUCAGGAGAUUAAUCUCAGCAGAAACAAGUUGCAGGGUAGCAUUCCCUCUACUUUUGGGAAUCUUCCUAAGCUGAAAACACUGGUCCUCGCUAGAAACAGGCUCACCGGUGACAUACCACCAUUUCUAGGCAGUAGCGUUUCUCUCAGAUAUGUUGAUCUUGGCAAUAAUGCUCUCACAGGAAGCAUACCAGAAUCCUUGGCAAACAGUUCAUCUCUCCAAGUACUUAGACUAAUGAGCAAUAGUCUUAGUGGACAACUCCCGAAGUCUCUAUUGAAUACUUCAUCGCUUAUUGCCAUUUGCCUCCAACAGAAUAGCUUUGUUGGUUCUAUACCCGCUGUUACUGCCAAGUCUUCCCCAAUUAAAUAUCUCAAUUUAAGGAACAACUAUAUCUCAGGAGCAAUACCUUCCUCACUAGCUAACCUUUCUUCCCUACUUAGCCUUCGCCUUAAUGAGAACAAUUUAGUUGGCAACAUCCCAGAGAGCUUAGGUCAUAUUCAAACACUAGAAAUGUUGGCCUUGAAUGUGAACAACUUGUCUGGCCUAGUUCCACCAUCUAUCUUUAACAUGUCGUCCCUGAUAUUUCUUGCCAUGGCAAACAACUCACUUACGGGAAGAUUACCCUCCGAUAUAGGCUACACACUUCCGAAAAUUCAGGGCUUGAUCCUCUCAACAAACAAGUUUGUUGGCCCAAUUCCAGCUUCUCUUCUCAAUGCCUACCACCUAGAGAUGCUUUACCUUGGUAAAAACAGUUUCACUGGGCUCAUCCCGUUCUUCGGAUCAUUGCCAAAUUUAAACGAACUUGAUGUGUCAUACAACAUGCUAGAACCAGGUGAUUGGGGCUUCAUGACAUCACUUUCGAAUUGCUCUAGAUUGACUAAACUGAUGUUAGAUGGGAACAACUUACAAGGAAAUUUGCCAAGUUCAAUUGGCAAUCUUUCUAGCAAUCUUGAGGCGUUAUGGCUAAAAAAUAACAAAUUCUUUGGGCCCAUACCAUCAGAAAUAGGUAAUUUGAAGAGCCUCAAUAGAUUGUUUAUGGAUUACAAUGUUUUCACCGGUAAUAUACCACCAACAAUUGGAAACAUGAACAGUUUGGUCGUUCUAUCAUUUGCACAAAAUAAGCUCUCAGGUCAUAUCCCUGAUAUUUUUGGCAACUUAAGUCAGUUGACAGAUCUGAAAUUGGAUGGGAAUAACUUCAGUGGAAAAAUACCUGCAAGUAUAAGCCAGUGUACUCAACUCCAGAUACUCAAUAUUGCUCACAACUCAUUAGAUGGGAAUAUACCAAGUAAAAUAUUUGAAAUUUCUUCCCUUUCUGAAGAGAUGGACUUAUCACACAAUUACUUGUCUGGAGAAAUACCAAACGAAGUUGGAAAUCUCAUUCAUUUGAACAGACUUGUAAUCUCAAACAACAUGUUGUCCGGCAAAAUCCCAUCCUCCCUUGGCCAGUGUGUGGUUCUGGAGUAUCUCGAGAUUCAAAACAACUUCUUUGUAGGAAGUAUACCACAAUCUUUCGUGAACUUAGUAAGCAUAAAAAGGAUGGACAUAUCUCAGAACAAUUUGUCUGGAAAUAUUCCAGAGUUCCUUACAUCAUUGAGCUCCCUACAUUCCCUCAAUUUAUCUUAUAAUAAUUUUGAUGGAGUAGUUCCAAGGGGUGGUGUAUUCGACAUUAAUGCUGCAGUGUCGCUUGAAGGAAAUGAUCAUUUGUGUACAAGAGUUCCAAAAGGAGGUAUUCCUUUUUGUUCUGUUUUGACUGACCGGAAAAGGAAACUCAAGAUCUUGGUUCUAGUCCUAGAGAUACUAAUACCAGCUAUUGUUGUUGCUAUAAUCAUUCUAUCUUAUGUUGUGAGAAUUUAUCGAAGGAAGGAGAUGCAAGCAAACCCACAUUGCCAACUAAUUAGUGAGCACAUGAAGAACAUAACAUAUCAAGACAUUGUAAAGGCUACAGAUAGGUUCAGUUCUACUAAUUUAAUUGGCACAGGAUCGUUUGGGACGGUUUAUAAAGGUAAUCUAGAACCUCAGCAAGAUGAAGUUGCCAUCAAAGUAUUUAAUCUUGGUACAUGUGGGGCACAAAGGAGCUUUAGUGUGGAGUGUGAAGCCCUAAGAAACAUUCGCCAUCGAAAUCUUGUCAAAAUCAUCACACUCUGCUGUUCAGUGGAUUCUAGUGGGGCUGACUUUAAAGCCCUUGUGUUCCACUACAAGGCCAAUGGGAACUUGGACACAUGGCUACAUCCAAGGGCCCAUGAACACAGCAAGAGGAAAACUCUGACUUUUAGCCAAAGAAUCAAUAUAGCAUUGGAUGUAGCAUUUGCUUUGGACUAUCUGCAUAACCAAUGUGCAUCUCCGAUAGUACAUUGUGACUUGAAGCCAAGCAAUAUCCUUUUAGACCUUGACAUGAUUGCGUAUGUGAGCGACUUUGGCCUAGCAAGAUGUCUAAACAUUACUGCAAAUGAAUAUGAAGGAAGUUCAAAAAGUUUGACUUGCCUAAAAGGAUCUAUAGGGUACAUCCCACCAGAGUAUGGCAUGAGUGAAGUGAUAUCAACCAAGGGUGAUGUCUACAGCUUCGGUGUUCUUCUAUUAGAAAUGGUAACAGGGAGCAGUCCUACGGAUGAAAAAUUCAAUAACGGUACAAGCCUUCAUGAACAUGUUGCAAGAGCUUUCCCCAAGAAUACCAGUGAGAUUGUUGAUCCCACGAUGCUACAAGGAGAAAUCAAGGUAACAACAGUGAUGCAGAAUUGCAUCAUUCCAUUGGUUAGGAUAGGUCUUUGCUGCUCCGUGGCAUCUCCUAAUGACCGGUGGGAAAUGGGACAAGUUUCUGCCGAAAUCCUUAAGAUCAAGCAUGAAUUGUCAAGCAUACAUGGUGCGUGAAACAAAGCAUCAGCAAGACGAUAUAGCUAGUGUUCUACUUAAAUGAUACUGGUUGUACCGAGCUACCUUUUUCCAUUUCAUUUGGAUCCUGUAAGUUUAUUCUUGUACAUCCAUUAAGAUUUUACGCAGCGCUCUAGCCAUGUUUUUCGAAAAAGAAAAAAAAAGUUGGCCUAGCAAAUGGUAAGACCUCAA